CGCUUUGCUAGUUAGUAGCAACGUUGCUGUGACGAGAGAAGCUAGCUAACCUCGUCAGUUUGUUAUUUUCUGGAUCUGGAGGAGCAGAGAUCUGAGACGUGAGCCUGGAUCCACCAGGUUGAAGACUUUAGAUGCUCCAUUCAUGGAUGGCGACCCGCUGGCCAUUAGAACAGAACCGACUGAUAGCCCAGUGUGGUUUCUAAUCGUUCUGGGAUGUUUGAUUCUGGCCAUACUGACCACAUUCAGGGAACACGAGAAGGAUUCUGCACACUGGCUGGUCAUACUGGAAACGUUUGCCAUCUUCAUAUUCGGAGCAGAGUUUGCACUGAGGAUCUGGGCGGCUGGUUGCUGCUGUCGCUACAAAGGAUGGAGGGGGAGGCUGAAGUUCGCCCGCAAACCGCUGUGCAUUCUGGACAUCUUCGUGCUGAUCGCCUCGGUGCCGGUGGUGGCGGUGCGGAACCAGGGCAACGUGUUGGCCACGUCGCUGCGCAGCCUGCGCUUCCUGCAGAUCCUGCGCAUGCUGCGCAUGGACCGGAGAGGCGGCACGUGGAAACUCCUGGGCUCUGCCAUCUACGCUCACAGUAAGGAGCUGAUCACGGCCUGGUACAUCGGCUUCCUGUCUCUGAUCCUGGCCUCCUUCCUGGUCUACCUGGUGGAGAAAGACGACGGCUCGGUCAACGUGUCCGACCAGGAGAACCCGACGGCGCAGACCCAGCAGCAGGACUUCGAUACGUACGCCGACGCGCUGUGGUGGGGGCUGAUCACGCUGACCACCAUCGGUUACGGAGACAAAACCCCGAAGACCUGGGCAGGGAGGCUGUUAGCCGGCACGUUCGCGCUGAUCGGAGUUUCCUUUUUCGCUUUGCCUGCUGGGAUUCUGGGUUCUGGUUUGGCUCUGAAGGUCCAGGAGCAGCACAGACAGAAACACUUUGAGAAGCGCCGCCACCCGGCAGCCGGACUCAUCCAGUCGGCCUGGCGGUAUUACUCCACCAAUCCCAUCAGGGAAGAUCUUAUUGCCACGUGGAGAUUUUAUGAAACCAUCAUCUCUCUUCCCUGCUUCAGGAAGGACACCUUGGAGGCCAUGGUGAGUCAGAAAGUGAGUUUGCUGGAACGUGUUCGUAAUUCCAACGCCAGGCCGUCGUUGGGGAUGGUCAGGAAGCCCGCGGUGAACGCCGAGUCCAUCGAGGAGAGCCCCUCCAAGGAGCCCAAACCCGCCGGCUUCAGUAACCGCGAACGCUUCCGGACCGCAUUCCGGAUGAAGGCCUACACGCUGCGCCAGAGCUCUGAAGAUACUGGAGGCCUUGCAGACCCAGUCUUAGAGGACCGGGGCUUCCCGCCAGAGAUCCUCCUGGAGGAGAUGAUCCCGACUCUGAAACUGGUCAUCAGGGCAGUCAGGAUCAUGCAAUUUCUCUUGAACAAGAAGAGGUUUAAGGAAACUCUGAGGCCUUACGAUGUCAAAGAUGUGAUUGAGCAGUACUCAGCUGGACAUCUAGACAUGCUCUGCAGAAUUAAAUACCUCCAGACCAGGAUCGACAUGAUUCUUGCCCCUGGACCCCCCCUCACCCCAAAAAGCAAGAAGCCCCAGAAAACACCCUUUAACUACCCAUCCAGCCAGUCACCCAGGCAUGAGUCUUACUUAGCCAAAGCCACGUCCAUGCCAGACACUGAAGACCAAAGCAUGAUGGGUAGAUUUGUCAGGGUGGAGAGGCAGGUGGAGGACAUGGAGAAGAAGCUGGACUUCCUGGUGGACAUGCACAUCCAGCACACCGAGCACCUGCAGGUGGACUCGGCCGGCGACGCUCGGAUGACCCUGGAGGCCUGCGACCAGACGGCGAACGGUGAGAUCCGCCGGGUUUUCCUCAACUACUCCGAGGUGUUCCCUCAGAUGUCAUACCAGGUGCCUGUCAGCAAAGCGAAUUCGACCUGCAGCAGAGGGCGAGGCGGCAGGCAGGGGGUCGGGUUGGCAGGCGGCGCGGCGCCGGCCGCCAUCCCCACGUACACAGAGCGGCCGACCGUGUUGCCCAUCAGCUCCCUGCAGGACUUGUCGGCGGGGCGGGGCAGGACCACAGGGGCCCUGGGGGGCGACUCGCCGCUCUCGCUCCUGUCGGUGAACCACGAGGAGCUGGAGCGCUCGCCCAGCGGGUUCAGCAUCUCCGGGGAGCGGGAGGGCGAGGCGGGGUUGGACCUGUCGAUGGGGGCGGCGGUGGCGGCCGGGGAGGCCAGCUGGACGAGAACCAGGCCGAGCUACUUGGCCGAGGGCGAGACGGACACGGACACAGACCCCUUCACGCCCAGCGGCGGCGCCCUGCCCCUCUCCUCCACCGGCGAGGGGUUCGGGGACGCAGAGUGGAACACGCCGCCCUGAAACACGACGCCACCUCGACUCAGACCUUAAAUCCAACCCAUGCCUCUAAAACCCAGAACGCUGGGUCAAAGCCACAGCUUUGGGACGAAGGUGGGUCUGAUCCCCUCGUUGUUCUGAACGACCGGCUGUCGACCUGCAGAGGCCGCCGCCGCCCAGGCGGCGAGUCCGCACCUACGGCAAAACAAAAAAAAAAGGGAAAGCAGAACGUUUGUAAAGAAAAAACUCUGUACAGCGCACUCUUCACAAAAAUUUAGCGAAAAAAAGAACGUAAUACAUAAUAUAUACACCCAAAAGCUUUACUGCUGCAAAGCCAACCGCACUGCAUGUGACGCAUGCGACGUUUAGUGUAGACACUGCAAAUUUCAGGAUAUAUCAGGAAAAAGAACAGAGAUUGAAUGGAAACUUAUACCUGCUAUGCCAUUUUGUAACACUUAUUUUUUAUAUGAAGACAUCCUUGUUUCUGCAUGGUUUGCAUGAUGCUGCACCAUUCCUGGGGCGACCACUAGAGGGCGACACUGGAACCAAAAGUCUCCUGUCUGUCUCGUUGUUUGUCCAACCUUAUAUUUAUGUUGUUUUGUUUUUGCUGGACGUCAGCUCAGAUUUACAAACUUACAGUCAGAAAAUAUUUGAAACACUAAAUUUCUGCUGUUUGCUGGCACAUGGAUUCAGGGAUAUGAACCGUCUCUCAUUUCAUUCAACAGGUUCAUCAUAAUGUUGGCCAAUAUGUACAAUAUAAAGACAUAUAAACAAACUGCUAGGUAUUUAUACCCCUUUGCUUUUCCCAUGUUUAGCCAGAUUUAGUGAAGAAUUCUGGAAAAAAAAUAUUCCAUAAUGUUAUUGAACUAUUUUGUAAAGUUGCAGUAAAUGUGAAGGUUCAGCCUUUAGAGGUUUAUAUGUUUUCACAGGUGAUAAAUUCAGCUUCAUGGAUGACAUUAAAUAUUUUAAUUGAAUUAAUUACAGGCUCUGAAAUUAAUAAAUUGUUUAAUUUAAACCCGUAUAUUGACAGAAUAAGCAACAAAUUCUCUUGAAAACCCAUUUUUGCUGCUAAAUUAUGAAAUAAGUAGAAAUAUGGGCUCAACAACUAAGAUAUUUAUAGUUUUUAAUCAGUUAUUUAGUUUAUUAAACCAUCAGAUUUGAGCAAAAUGUAUUUCUGUCCAGGAAGUCCUAGACUGUGGAUGCUAACAUUAGCAUUAGCUGCUGCAUGUUUAGCAUAGACAUGCUAUUUUAGGCUAGCAUAGCCUCCCUGACAGGCUAACUCCUUUUAGCACAACUUGAACACAACAACAGUCUUUUCCAACAUCCAAUCAGGUCAUUUAUACAGAAGUUGAACCCAGAAGGCCGCGGGAAGCGGCUUCGUUGUCCAUCGCUGCUGUUAGCGGAUGUAGCAUGUGCGUCAGACUCACAGGUCAGACCGGGAACAUGCAAACACUUUUCACAGUGCAGAACAAAGCAGAAAGGGUUAGGGUUAUGAACUUAUAAACAUGUAGAGAAAAACCAGGAACAUCUGAGGCUGUAAAGACUAAAGAAUCCUGUCAAUGGAAACUUUGGGAAGUAAAAGAAAACAUUUAAACAUCUUUAUAAAAGCUGUUUUAACCUUUCCCUAAAAUGACCCCAAACAGAGAAAUAGAAUUAAUUCAAAUUUAUUUUGGAUUGUCUGAAUAAUUUAUUGUCUCAGUUUCUGAUUUAUAGGAAGUGUUGCUCCAUAAACCUAUUUCUGAAACGUAAACAGCUUUAAAAAGUUAAAUCUGAAGGUUUUUAAAAGUUUUCUAAUGUUGCCGUUCUGAACUCUGAGGUUUUUUCUUGCUAAAGACAAAAAUUUUAGUGGGAUUUUAUGAUGAAGCAACACAAAGUGAAGAGGAAGGAAAGCAAUGCUUUGCUUUCAAUUUUCUAUAAUAAAUAAGUCAAUAAAUUGUAAAAAGUGGAAUGAAUCCUGUAAUAUCUGCCUAAAGUGGAACAAUAAAGUUGUAAUUUUACUGCGAUUAGCUGGUGCAUGUUUUAAAAUUUUAUUCUCUUGACUAUUUUUGCUAUCAAUGAAAAUAAUCCACUUAUUAAUAAAGUAUUUAAAUCUGCUGCUUCAUCUUUUUUAUAUAUUUUGAAAAGUUAAACAGUUAAACUUAUUAUAUGAUAAAUAAAUGGAUAUUUAGCGUUGUUAUGGAGCUGUUUGAAUUGCUCUGAAAUGGUUCAAAAUCAUCUAAAUAUA